UAAACAACAAGAUUCUCAUUUAACAAAGGCUUGGAAGCACGUCGGUUUAUAACCAAAGACCACAAUGUUCCCUUCAAGUUCCCAUACCCCAAGUGUCAAACUGAAAGCUUGAUAGAGAGAGAGAAAAAACUCUUCACUUCCAUCCUUGUCGCCAUAGCCUCGCCUUCAAGAUAAGCUUUUAACCUAGUUACCUCCUCUCUUAAAAACUACAAAAGAACCGAAAAUCCCCAUAAUUGUAUUUUUUUUCUUUAUCCUUUGGAGCUACAUAAAAUGGCAGACUGGGGGCCAGUGUUGAUAGGGGUGGUGCUGUUUGUGUUGCUUACACCAGGUCUUUUGUUUCAGUUACCAGGUAACAGCAAACAAGUGGAGUUUGGGAGUUUGAAGACGAAUGGCAUGGCUGUAGCUGUGCAUACUCUCAUCUUUUUCGCUGUCUAUGCUGUUCUCAUCUUGGCUGUUCAUGUUCACAUCUAUACUGGCUGAUUACUCAUAUUGUACUGGUAAGCUUGUUUGACAAAGUUGUUGCUGGAUGGUGGAGAUCUCUUUAUGCUUGUGCCCAUUUUUUCCCUCUCGUUUUUAUUUUGUUUUUCUUUCUUUCUUGGUGGGAAAAGAAAGAUGGUCAUUUAUAGUUGUGGAUCAUGAUUUAAUAGAACCUUGGCUGCUAAUUUGAAUCAGAGAAAUGGAGCACUGAUGUUUUAGUACUGGAUUGGCGGACCAGUGCUGUCAUUUCCACAUUAGUGGGACCCGCUGUUAAGUAGUAGGUAUGGAAGGUGAAAGAUUCAUCUUAGUCAGUACAUAGAAAUCCUCUAUCGUUUUGUUGUUGCGGAGAUUUCAAGUUUAAAGGCUCAUAAUUAGCAUCUUAAGGCUCAAUAAAGACUAUGGCAACAGUUUAAAUGCUC